AUGGAAUUCCCCACAUAUAUUAAGGAUUCGAGCAUAGCGCACCCAAACCAGCAGUGGAACAUGCAUUUCAACGAAUAUGAACGCAUGGUCCUAACCAAUCCCAUACAGAACCGUGGGCAAGGUUUACAUCCCAGGACCGGUGGACCUCCAAUCCCCAACCAUAUCGAAGAUGGCGGUCAAGCCCAAGAGAUACAUGACGGUGAGACCAAGACUUUCACCCGAAAGGGAGGCGGCGUUAACCAGAUAACCUUUGCCCGCUGGGGAAACGUGCAACAGUCGAUAGCUAUUGCUAUUUUCUCUCAAAAAUGGGGCAUUUUUAGCAGAGUUCCGGUCAAUGCGACGGUUGUUGACCAAUUGGCCCGUGAAGGCGUUAACCCAACCUUACCAUUCUUCGAGUGCUAUAUUUUUGAACCUACCUUUGAAAACAUGCCCGAGCAAUUCGUGAAAUGUGCAAUGCAAGUCAAGAAAGAGAUUAACCGACUAGUCCGCCCAGCCUUGACACGGUUUAUAAACUACAGGUUCAAGGUCAAACCGUUCAAUAUAACGGAUACAGAAAGCGAUGAAGAAGGGCCCGCGAUCGAAGGCCAAUGGGUUCCCGAAGCUGGGGGUAUACUGGUAGUGAUAUGUCGUGAACUUAAACCAGACGGCUCCUAUGGCAAAUGGAGAAAUUUGAUUGGCUUGAUGAUGCCGUUGUCUGACGCGACUGCUGCCGGGUAG